UGGGUGGAAAUCAAGUUGGAGAUACACCAAGAUGUUUUGAUAUGGAUAUGUCCAAAGCCUUCGUUCCUAUGUCGGUCUUUUCCGACUCAACACAAGGAAAGGUAUCUGUGGAGGGAAAAAUAGUGAACAAGUUUGACAUGAAGCCACAUGAUCAAAACCUUGAAGUCUACGGGAAACUCUGUCGCGAAAGGACAAAAAAGUAUAUGGUCAAAAACAGACAGAUACAGGUUAUUGGCAAUGAUAAUGGAGCUCGUAUGAGGCCAAUGCCAGGGAUCACUUUUUCAGUUUCUUCUGGACCUACUAAGGAUAAUAUUAAGAAGAAACCUCAAGGGCGAGGAACAGAUACGAAGAGAACAAGAGGAAACCGUGGAGAAGUAGAAGAGUCUCUGUUUAAGAAAUUUGAAAAACAGUCAAAUUGGAGUUUGAGAAACCUCGUACAAGAAACUGACCAACCUGAACAAUUUCUGAAAGAUAUACUGAAAGAUCUUUGUGUCUACAAUAACAAAGGAACUAAUCAAGGCACCUAUGAGCUGAAGCCUGAAUACAGAAAAACUGGCGAUUAGCUGCAAAUACCAAUGCUCAUAAAAUACUAAUUCAAAUCAUUUUUUCAUUUACUUUGAUCGAGUUGUGAAAUGGAGCGGCGUGCAUUUUAUUGAUGUUUUUAAUGACUGUAUCAUCACAAGGUUUGAGUGAAUGAUAACACCCCGAUAAUGUUGGUUUUGCCGAUUUUGCAACUUCAUUAUUUGCAUCCUUUCCAUCUUUAGUUGAUAAAACUGAUGGUGGCAAAUUGUACAAGAAAAAGGACCAAAUUGUGCUUAUUUCAUUUGAAAGUUUGAACAUUUUCCCAAAUGUAGAUAAUCUUUCUCAAUCCCUUGUCAAGGCAA